GUUUGUUCUUACCUAGGUUUUUCGCAAAAUAUCUGGCUAUGGCUGGCCCCGAGUGCUGCGUUCCGGCUCCUCCAUCGACGCAUUCUUCCGUUGGCGGCGAAGAAUCCUGGGAGGGAAUCGAUGUCUAUGUCAAUCACCCGGCGUCCUCCACUGCCGCAGUCAUUCUGGUCUCCGAUGUCUUUGGAUGGAAGACUCCACUGUUCAGGAAGCUCGCGGACAAAGUCGCGGCUGCUGGAUUUGUUGCCGUGGCUCCUGAUCUUUUGUACGGGGAUGUCUUCGAUCCCGAUGCUUCCGUGCCGUUUCAAACAUGGAUUCAAGGCCAUAAACCCCACCUCAAGCCACUGGAAGACUGCAAGAAGCUUGUGUCUGUGCUUCAGUCCAAAGGCAUAACUUCUAUAGGCUUAUCCGGAUUUUGCUGGGGAGCCAAGGUUGUAAUCCUUGCUUCCAAGGAAACCACCUGCAAUGCACUUGUGAUGUGCCACCCUUCGAUGGUUACUAUAGACGAUAUAAAAGCAUGCAAGGCACCACUGGCGAUCCUCGCCGCUGAAACCGAUCAUGUAACGCCAGUAGAUAUGGUGAAUGAAUUUAAGAAACACCUCGAGCAUGGAAACCAGGAUCACUUUGUCAAGGUUUUCCCAGGAACUGCUCAUGGCUGGACUGUCCGCUACGAUGUGAAUAGCGAAACCGCCGUGAAGAACGCAGAGGAGGCUCACGAAGACUUUAUAGCUUGGUUCCGAAAGCACUUGCUUUGAAGCUAAGCUAAGCUAGCUGCUUAUGAUCGAUCUUAUAAUUUUGUGGAUUUACAGACGUGUCAAUAACUGGAAAAUGCAGAUUAAAUAGCUC